UAGUAUGAUUACGUCACAGUCUCAAAACCUUAUCUUGUUUUUAUGUCCCUACUGAGUCAAUUCCUUCAAUCAACGCUGAGUUUGCUGACUCCGCCAUAAUUCCAAAACCGGCGGCCGUUCAAAAUUUCCGCCGCUGUCAAUCCAAUGAUACCCAAUUGUUAAAAAUCUCUUAUUUUUGUUUACAUGGCAGUCAAAUUUGGAUCUUUAACAAUUUCAUCUAAAAGAUUCAAAAAAGCUUAUUUAUAACUGAAGUGAUGGCGAUUUCUUUUUCUUUUUCGCAUUUACCGGUACCGUUUACAUCUACUUGUAGUUUUCCGGCUGUUCUUAAGAACACUUAUUCUGUUGAAGGUGGCCGCCUUGUGCACUGUGGAGGAGCUGCUAAUUUCCGUCGAAGGUUCCGUGGCUUAAAGUUACGGAUACGUAGAAGGCUAAACAUUCAACAGCAUAAUAAAGAAUAUAGGCCUGCAAAGGAACUUCAAGUUAUAAAAAAUCAAUGUAAAGAUCAUUCAAAUAAUCAUUUGGAAACAACUUCAACGCAUUCGGGACAUGUUUCUGAAGAACUCUUUAGGAUUAAUGCGCCUGAUGCUGCUUUUGUAAAGUCUACUCCCUCGUUGACACGAGCGAAUUCUUUGAAUUUUCCCGUAGAGGGCGAUACAGCAACUUCUCUUACCAUUGCUGUUAUAGGAGCUACCGGUGAGCUAGCAAGAGGGAAGAUUUUUCCGGCUUUAUAUGCUCUGUAUAAUAGUGGCUUUUUACCUGAGGAUGUAGCUAUCUUUGGUUAUUCAAGGAAGAAUUUGACAGAUGAAGAUCUAAGAUCCAUUAUAGCUUCUACUUUGACAUGCCGUGUUGAUGAUCAUGAAAACUGCGGAGACAAAACAGAGGCGUUUUUAAGUAGGACAUUCUACCUCAACGGAGGAUGUGACAAUAAAGAAGGGAUGUCAAAGCUAAAUGCUAGAAUGGAGCAGAUUGAGGGGAGACAUGCAGCAAACCGGAUUUUCUAUCUUUCCGUGCCGCAAGAAGCGCUUCUUGAUGUCGCAUCUUCUCUUGCUGAUAAUGCCCAAACCAUUAGGGGAUGGAAUCGUAUAAUAACUGAAAAGCCUUUUGGGUUCAAUGCAAAAUCUUCUCAUCAAAUAACCAAGUCUCUUCUUGCUAAUUUUGAAGAGAAACAAUUAUACAGGAUAGACCAUCUCUUAGGAAGAAACCUCAUUGAAAAUCUUACAGUAUUGAGGUUUUCUAAUCUUGUUUUUGAGCCACUGUGGGGCCGAAAUUAUAUACGCAAUGUACAAGUUAUUUUGUCAGAAGACCUCAGUGUGCAGACCGGAAGGUAUUUUGACAGUUAUGGGAUCAUUCCAGACGUAGUGCAGAGUCAUAUUUUCCAGACCAUAGCAUUGCUUGCUAUGGAGCCUCCUGUAAGUCUUGAUGGCGAAGACAUUCGAAAUGAAAAGGUCAAGGUUUUAAGGUCCAUUCGCAGAUUGGAUCCUUCUGAUGUAAUACUUGGGCAAUACAAAGCUGUUUCCGGAGAGAAAGUUGAUGUAAAUUUGAACAGCUCGACCCCGACAUAUUUUGCUGCUGCAUUAUAUAUUGAUAAUGCACGCUGGGACGGUGUGCCUUUUCUAGUAAAGACUGGCAGGGGACUUGCUAAACACAGACUGGAGAUACGCAUACAGUUCCAUCAUGUCCCCGGAAACAUUUAUCGUGAACGCAUUGGGCAUAACAUUGAUUUGGCGACCAAUGAACUGAUUUUGCGUGAUGACCCUGAUGAAGCCAUCCUGGUCAAAAUAAAUAACAAAAUUCCAGGACUGGGUUUGCAGCUGGAUGCUUCCGAACUUAACUUGCUCUACAAGGAAAAGUACAAUGUGGAGGUGCCUGAUUCAUAUGAGCAUCUUCUUCUUGAUGUCAUCGAUGGAGACAACCAUCUUUUUAUGCGGAGUGAUGAGCUUUCAGCUGCAUGGAACAUUCUAACUCCAAUUCUCAAUGAAAUAGACAAGCAAAAUACCACACCUGAGCUGUAUGAAUUAGGAGGCAGAGGUCCGGUCGGAGCUUACUAUCUUUGGGCGAAACAUGGGGUUCGGUGGGCAGACGAAGGUUGAGUCUUUUUCGCAAACGACUCUGUUUUCUUGAAAUGAGCAUAUAAUAAGUUUAGCCUAAACAAACGGGUAGCUUACAUUUGCCAAAAUUUGGAUGGGAUUGUUUCCUUCAGUCCUGGGUUUAAGGUGGAAACAAACAAGUUAUCCUGUAUUUUUGUGCUUUACUCAGAGAUAUUUUCCACAGAUAGUCAAUAAUAUCAAGAAAAUUUAUACA